UUUCCCAGCAAAUAAAUAGACUGGCCUCACUAGAUGCCAGCUAGGCCUAGCAGAGGAUCCCUGCAAGACUCUCAGCUGGGAGGGAAACUUGGAGGCCUGAACUGCUAAAGGAAAGCUAAGAUGGAGCUCAUCCCCAACCUUUCUAUAGAAACCUGGGUGCUGCUGGUUACUAGCCUGGUGUUCUUCUACAUAUAUGGGACCUAUUCUCAUGGCUUGUUUAAGAAACUAGGAAUUCCUGGACCAAAACCUCUACCUUUAUUUGGCACCAUUUUCAACUACUUUGAUGGCAUGUGGAAAUUUGAUGAAGAUUGCUAUAAAAAGUAUGGGAAAAUAUGGGGGUUUUAUGUGGGCCCAAAGCCUAUAUUGGCUAUCAUGGAUCCAGAGAUCAUCAAGAUUGUGCUGGUGAAAGAAUGUUACUCAGUCUUCACAAACCGUCCGACUCUUGGGCCAGUGGGAUUUUUGAAAAAGUCCAUUACCAUAUCUGAGGAUGAAGAAUGGAAGAGACUUAGAACACUCCUGUCUCCAACCUUCACCAGUGGCAAACUCAAGGAGCAUCUUUGGAGCUUAUAGCAUGGAUGUGAUCACUGGCACAUCAUUUGGAGUGAACAUCGAUUCCCUCAAUAAUCCACAGAAUCCCUUUGUGCAGAAAACCAAGAAGAUCUUAAAAUUUAAAAUUUUUGAUCCAUUUCUUCUGUCUACAAUUCUGUUUCCAUUUCUUACUCCAAUAUAUGAGAUGUUAAAUCUUUCCAUUUUUCCAAGAGAUUCAAUGAACUUUUUCAAAAAAUUUGUAAAAAGGAUGAAGAAAGAACGCCUUGCUUCAAAACAGAAGAACCGAGUGGAUUUUCUACAACUGAUGAUGAAUACUCAGAACUCCAAAGGCCAAGAGUCCCAGAAAGCUCUUUCUGAUCUAGAAAUGGCAGCACAAGCUGUUAUUUUUAUUUUCGGGGGCUAUGAUGCCACAAGCACUUCCAUUUCCCUCAUAAUGUAUGAACUGGCCACUCACCCUGAUGUGCAAAAAAAACUUCAGGAUGAGAUUGACAGAACUCUGCCCAACAAGGCACCUGUCACCUAUGAUGCCCUGAUGGACAUGGAGUACCUGGACAUGGUGGUGAAUGAAAGUCUAAGAUUGUACCCAACUGCUAUCAGGCUAGAAAGGGUCUCAAAAAAAGAUGUGGAAAUCAAUGGAGUGUUCAUUCCCAAAGGGACCGUAGUCAUGAUACCAAUCUAUCCUCUUCACCGAAACCCUGAGUACUGGCCAGAGCCUCAAGAAUUCUGCCCUGGAAGGUUCAGCAAGGAGAACGAGGGCAACAUUGAUCCAUAUAUAUACAUGCCCUUUGGAAAUGGACCCAGGAACUGCCUAGACAUGAGGUUUGCUCUCAUCAGCAUGAAACUUGCUGUCAUAGGAGUCCUGCAGAACUUCACUGUCCAGCCUUGUGAAGAGACACAGAUCCCCCUGAAGAUCAGCAGGGAACCAGUUUUCCAACCAGAAAAACCCAUCAUCCUAAAGGUUGUGUCAAGAGAUAAACCCAGAACUGCAUCAUGAAUUUCCCUCAGAAACCAUGUUAUAUUCUUCAAGGAGACUGUGUCACAGAACACCAGAGAAUUUAAUUAACCUUAGAACAACAUAAUAUGAGCAUAAUCAACUUUCCUUGAUGAUUGAAUAUUCAGAAAUUCACUGAACAUGCUCAGUGGCUCUGCAGUGUAUCAUCUGUUUUGUGAUUCAAAAGAAAUUAUUAACUCAAUGGUAGUUGUGGAUGUUCAUCUUCUGAUUCUCGUGGGAAUGUCUACACUAAUUCCAGUUAGUUCCAUCCAUUCUGAAUUCUAACUGCAGCAACAAUUUUCUAUAGUUCUAUUAAUAGAAACUGUUGUAAUGAUGGUUAGUAAAUGUGUAUCAAGUUUUCUCCUUGUUAAAAUGUAUGAUAUUAAGUGUAUACAUACAUAUAUCUUUUAAAAUGUGUGGUGUACUUUUGUCACUAUACACAGCAAUGGCAAAACCACUGGAUCAAGAAAACAAGAUACUAAUCCUUUCCAAUCACACUUGUGUGAGCCAGUUUGGGAUGCCCACUUGACUCUAAAAGUUUGGUGAUGUUGAUCCAUUUUGAUUUGACACUUUUCUUGAGAAACAUAUCCAUGGUUUAAUUCUGCCACAUUUGAAGUGUAGCCUCCCCCAGCCUUGAAGCAGGCUGAUUCAGACUUUGCUGCCACUGAAUAUGAGAUCACCUGGGGUGUAGCCUUCUGACUUAGAUGGCUAUAUUGUUAUGUCACCUACCGCUGCUCUUCUCCCAGACUCUGCUACCUGAUGAGAGACCCUUGAGACAUUCUGGAGACACAUCCUAUCCUGCAGCCUACAGGCUGGCUCCAGGCACCAAGAAUGAACUGGCAGGGGAGAUGGGCCUUCCCGCUUAUAAGCAUAGUCUCUAAGUAAACUCUUGGGCCUUGAUCAGAGAAAAAAAUUGUUUUGGCUUCAUUAUUUUCUCUCACAGUCUAAGUCUCUUUCAGCCCCAGCCUGCCUUCCAGAAAUACCUGGUUCAUGUAGGCCACAGGCCGGCUUACUACAUUGAAGGAUUUAUAAAAUCUUUUUCUUAGGAUUGACCUAGAAUCAUCUUCCUCUCUUCCCACUUCUCUGAAAGUACAUGUUUUCUUAGACUUCUUUGGAGUCUAUGGUUGUUAGUGUUGUCAGGUUCAGAGAAUCUAGAAUCACCUUGGAGGGAUAUGGGUCUCCAGGCAUGACUGUGGAGGAUUUUUUGAUUGAGUUGAUUAAGGUGUGAGGUCCAACCUACUGUAGGCAGGUAGCAUAUAGGAUCUAGGACUGUACAAGUAAAGAAAGGAAGCUGAGAAUCAGCAAUCAUCCAUUGCUCUGUCUCCUGACUGAGGAUUCUACAUGAUCAAUUUUCAGGUUCCUGACACCCUGAUUUCUCCUCCAAGAUGAACUCUUUCCAAGAACUGUGAGGCAGUCACCUCUUUCUUCCCUAAGUUGCUUUGUCACAGUAUUUAUCAUAGUAACAGGACAAGAAAUGAAGAUUGAAUCCAUCAUGUGCUCCUCACUGCCCUACAACACUGUCAUAAAAUAAAAAUGUCUGACUGGACCCAGGCCACCCCUGCCUCUCAGUGUAGUACAGCAGAAGACACCCAAGCUGCCCACCUCUCCACUUCAAACCCCCUUCUAGCACAGCAUCCAAAGAUAUUGAAUAAAAGAUGAUAAACAGGACAAAGAGAAAUAGACCUGUUUAGAAGUAGUUCUUUGAGGCAACUCCAAUCUCUGUCUGUCAGAAUACCAGCACAGUAUUCAGUAGUGUUAGUAUACCAAGCACAAAUCAGCAGCAGUUGCAUGAUCCAACAGAAACUGCCAGGCAUCCACCAAAUUGACAUGAGUCCAUGGGAAUGACCAGUAUCAGCAGAGACACUAUGAGAAGUUCUUUACCAUGACUCUCUCAAACAAAAUGAAGAUCAGCAAAGACAAAGAUGCAAGGCCAAUGAAUACUUUCUCCAAACAUCAUAUUUCCUCCAAUGGGUCUUACCUCAGCAAAUUACCAGAUGAUUCUGCCUUACCAUGUGAGUUUGCAAUGCCUGACAUAUCCAGAAAUUUCCACUUCACCAGUGGUUUACAAGUUUCACUUAAAAAAAUAUUUGCAGGUAGGAUAAAUGG